UCAUGAUCUUAUUUUACUACAUGUAAUAAUGCUGUUCUAUAAUAAUUUGUACACCCAUCCCCCACGUCGAUAUACUUCGAAAGGACCUACUCGCGAAGGGUGAAUUUCAAUGUAAGUCAGAUUCAGGUGUUUUAUUUAUAAUACUUCGUCGUUUGUUUGGGAAGGAACGGUAGUCAGGACAGACAUAAUUCGUCUGUCUCUCUGCAGACAGUGGCGGCAGACUGAAAUUAAUACGUUUCUGGUAAAUGUAUCUAGUUAACUAGAGCCGGGGUACGGGAUGCGGGUUGGAUCAAUCAUCUGAAAUAUAUAUAUUUUUUAUUUUACUCUUGCCGCAUCUCUAAAGUCAGCAAAACAAUGUAAUUCACACCAUACAUUUUGUUAAGACCGCAUAUUCGGCUAGCAGAGACCAUACCAUUAGCUAACGUUGGCCAACUGUCUGGCAGUGUAACAGUUUAUUCGCAUUUAUUAUGUAGGAAACAAUGUUUGAAAUGUAGCCCAUCACAUGGGUGAAUGGUUUCUGACCUCAAACAAAUAUAGCGUGCUACUAUGUUGUAAACAGCGCGAACGGAGGUUGUUUUGCUGCUAGCUAGCUUUCUAGUCAAGCUAUGCACCACAUUAGGUGCCUCGCGCUCUGCAAUACUGUAGAUCUCUGCGAGUUUUGACCGAUAAGGAGUUACUAUUAUCUUUGGUGGGGGAAAUGUUUGGCGUGAUCAAACUUGGAGUGUGUGUCGCAGCUGGAUGCUGGGGCGAGCGGGGAAUGGCGUCCUAGAUUUAUCAGGAUACAUAUACUUGGAUUACGGAGGACGAAUGGAAGGAAAAACAGAGGAAGAGUGGAUCUUGGUGCUGUCACAUUCUCGGACUCACCUGAGAAAUGUCCACCCCGGACCCCCCCAUGGGAGGGACGCCUCGGCCGGGCCCCUCUCCUGGACCGGGGCCUUCCCCAGGAGCCAUGAUAGGACCCAGCCCAGGUCCCCCAGCCUCUGGGCACUCCCACCCACAACAGGGGCCCUCAGUAUAUCCUCAGGAGAAUAUGCAUCAGAUGCACAAAGCUAUGGAAGGCAUGCAUGAGAAGGGCAUGUCUGAUGACCCUCGCUAUGGACCGAUGAAGAGCAUGGGCAUGAGACCAGGUGGAGGCCACAUUGGAAUGGGACCCCCUCCUAGCCCCAUGGACCAACAUUUCCAAGGCUACCCCUCUCCACUGGGUGGUUCUGAGCACUCUCCCAGCCCCGUGCCAGCCAACGGCCCUCCACCCUGCCCCAUGAUGCCCUCUGGCCCAGGUGUCCCCAUGGAGGGCGGUGACCCCCAGGCCAUGGCCCAGCAGAACCUCGGUGGUGUCCUGAGUGGUGGUUCUGUGCCAGGUGGGGUUGGGCCAGGUGGACCCACCCCCUUCAACCAAAACCAGCUGCACCAGCUCAGGGCCCAGAUCGUGGCCUACAAGAUGCUGGACCGCAGGCAGCCCCUGCCAGACCACCUGCAAAUGGCCGUGCAGGGCAAGAGGCCCAUGCCAGGGAUGCAGCAGCAGCCUGGGAUGCCCAACAUGCCCCCUUCCUCUGGGCCUGGACAGCCACCAGCAAACUACAACAGACCUCAAGGAAUGGUAGGCCCAAACAUGCCUCCUUCAGGAUCCUCAGGUGUUCCCCCUGGUAUGCAGGGCCAGCCCACCAAUGGACCCCCUAAACAAUGGCCCGAAGGGCCCAUGGUGAAUGCUGCUGCUCCAUCCAGUGCCCCCCAGAAGCUGAUUCCCCCUCAGCCCACUCGGAGACCCUCCCCUGCUCCCCCCUCCGUGCCCCCUGCUGCCUUCCCGGUCAUGCCCCCCCAGACCCAGUCCCCCGGGCAGCCCCCCCAGCCCCCACCCAUGGUGCUACACCAGAAACAGAACCGCAUCACGCCCAUCCAGAAGCCCCGUGGCCUGGACCCAGUGGAGAUCCUCCAGGAGAGAGAGUACAGGCUGCAGGCUCGAGUGCUGAGGAGCGUAGCGAGUAAAAAUCGUCUGUCCUCCGUUGCAACACUCACUACCGAGUUUCAAACUGCCUCUGGAAGCAACGUCAGCACAAGAACUGUUCGUCGGGAGCUUCAU